AUGGCUCGGGAGACCGGACGCGUGGGGCCGACGGUCGUCGCCUUGGAUGGCGUGCUUGUGGCGAUCGUCCAGUGCACGGCUUCGCCGAGUGACGUACUCGCGUUUCUUCAAGCGCUUGUUGCAUCGGCGGUGGAGCUGCCACCAGCGCUAUCAGCGCUGCGGGUGCUCCUGACAACGCCGCGAGAUCGCAAGCUGGCCCAUCUCUGGCCUCGGGUGCACCUUCUGUCGAUCGCCGACGACGAGAUCCACCUCGUAGCGACGGCCGUGUCUCUCUUUUCCUCGAUUGGCAUUGACGGCACCUCUAGAAUGGAUCGUUGGCCGACCAGCAACAAGGCCGUUGGGUUCUUCACCGACCCGUUCUGUGCUUUUAUCGCGCCGUGGGCAUUCAAGGUGCACACGCUGAGGUUCGUCCACUCGGAUCCAGCCGCGUACCCGAGUGACUUUUACGAACUGCUUGGCAUGUGCACCAACCUGAAGAAAGCGACGCUCGCGUGCAACUGGAUGGCGCUUGCAGCCAUAACGACGUCGGCGCAUCAGGUCAGGGACCUAUCGCUCGUCAACACCGGCGUCAAGGUCGAUGGUCCUCGAUUUGAUUGGACGAGGAGCUUGGACCCGUGGCUCGAGUCGGCCCAAACCAAGCGUUUGCGCCUCUCUUCGUUUCCGUCGACCGACAACCUUGGCCUCGCCCGCGUACUGGCGACGACGCGGACGCUCACGCACCUCCAUCUCGAUGACGCCAACGACCUCAUCAGGGGCUUCCUGGCCAAUCGUCUGCCUUUGCGCUACCUCACGCACCUCUGGCUUUUUGCAUGCCACGACCUGGUCCUUGCCGACAUGACGGCGCUUCUGGACCCCGCUGUGAUUCAAUCCAUUCGCUUUCAGAGCUACUGCCUCGAAGAGAUGACCGGUUUUCUCACGGCAUUGCCGCUGCUCACACGGCUGAGCGUGGUCGAAAUCGCUGGCGUUGCGCUCGGUGGCGACCAUACAGCGCCGCUUCCGACCACGAAGACGCUCCGUGCGGCACAGUAA